CCGCACCUUUCGUUUUCUUCUGUUUUCCACUAAAAAGGUUUUGAGUAGAGAUUCCGCCAAAAUGCCAAAAAGGAUUCCCUCUCCUCUUCAAACACCAGCCUCCUAGUUUGGUCCGGCCACUUUGCCAGCAACGGAAGCUAGGGAAUCGAACUUGCUGAAUUCGAUCGAAGUGCGAAUCCGAUCUUCACCGGGAAUCUGAAGUUUUGAGCUCUGCGGUCAACUGGGUUUAGGGUUCUUUGGAGAUGGAGAACUCGGGGAGAUGGAGAAGGUGGUCGCCGUGAUCAUGGUUGGUGGACCCACCAAAGGCACUAGAUUUAGGCCUCUCUCGUUCAACACGCCGAAGCCGCUCUUCCCUUUGGCCGGGCAACCCAUGGUUCACCAUCCCAUCUCUGCUUGCAAAAGGAUCCCCAACUUAGCUCAAAUUUUCCUGAUUGGGUUUUACGACGAGAAGGAGUUUGCCUUAUACGUCUCUUCCAUAUCGAAUGAGCUGAGAGUCCCAGUGAGAUACUUGAAAGAGGAUAAACCGCAUGGUUCAGCUGGUGGCCUCUAUCAUUUCAGGAAUUUGAUUAUGGAAGACAGCCCGUCUCAUAUUUUUCUACUGAACUGUGAUGUCUGCUGCAAUUUUCCACUUCCAGAUAUGCUUGAAGCCCAUAAAAGAUAUGGUGGGAUGGGAACAAUGCUAGUAGUCAAGGUUUCUGCUGAAUCAGCUAACCAGUUUGGUACAUUAGUUUCUGAUCCAGUCACAAAUGAGCUGUUGCAUUACACGGAGAAACCUGAAACUUUUGUCAGUGAUUUAAUAAAUUGUGGUGUAUAUAUCUUUACUCCAGAUGUUUUUUCUGCAAUUGAGGAUGUAUCUAAUGACCGGGAAGACAGAGUUACAGCUAAUCUGCGGAGAUUAUCCAGCAUUGAUAUAAGCACAUCUACAAGAACCAACAUUCCUACAGAUUUUGUUAGAUUGGACCAGGAUAUAUUGUCACCUCUCUCUGGAAAGAAGCAGCUUUAUACAUAUGAGACCAUGGAUUAUUGGGAACAGAUCAAGACACCAGGGAUAUCUUUGAAAUGCUCCGGUUUGUAUCUGGCCCAGUUCAGACUCACCUCUCCCCAUCUUCUUGCUAGUGGAGAUGGUACAAGAAGUGCCACGGUUGUCGGUGAUGUUUUCGUUCACCCAUCAGCUAAAGUCCAUCCAACUGCGAAGAUUGGCCCCAACGUCUCUAUUUCAGCAAAUGUUCGUGUAGGACCUGGUGUGAGGCUGAUAAGCUGUAUCAUUUUGGAUGAUGUUGAAUUAGAGGAUAAUGCAAUAGUUAUAAAUUCCAUUGUUGGAUGGAAAUCAUCUCUUGGGAGAUGGUCAAGAGUCCAGGCUGAUGGAGACUACAACUCAAAGUUGGGAAUCACAAUUCUUGGGGAAUCUGUGGUGGUAGAACAAGAAGUCGUCGUCGUCAACAGCAUCGUUCUGCCAAAUAAGAUCCUCAACGUGAGUGUGCAGGAUGAGAUCAUCUUGUGAAGAGUUGGAGAUGUUUGAAUUUCAAAGCCCUCCAAGGUGCACUAUUUGGAAGAGUUUGUUUUGUUCCAUAUAGAGACGGUAAUACGAGAGAGAGAUAUGAAUUGUCCCAUAGAAUUAGGUAUAUAAGAAUUAAAGGGGUUUCAUGUGAAAACUUGAUUAGCAUCGUAAAAUACGAGUCAUCAUUCGUACUUUGUUUCACUUGUUUUUCAAGUUUCUGCUUAAUAGCAAGACAAGCAACGCAAUUGUGCCAAUUGUCGCUUAUGUUUUCUCCGGAUUAGCUUUUGAUCACGGAGUUCUACAAAUCCAUUGUAAAGAAUUGAUAAUUGUUCAUGAAUUGUGGUAAUCUUUCGCAUGCAUCAGUAAUUUCACAUAAGUUUCA